UUUGUUUGAAGAUAUUUAAACUUGUACUUCUCUACAUUUAUUCUUUACAGCAGCGUAAAACUCUCUCUAAACUUCACGCGGUUUCAUUUCAUCACGUUUGAGGCCAAAGGGAUAAAAUGAUCUUAUAUUAAAACACAUUUGUGUAUUUUUACUGCAGAACAAGUACUUGUACUUUUGAGACUUAAAGUAGAAAAUACUUUACUUUCAGUAGAAUCAGAAUCCGGUUUAUUGCCACAGAAGUUGUCACAUGAAGGCAAAUAUAUUUUAAUUAAAUAAAUUAAGAACAGAAACAAUUACAAUAAACACAUUUAAAAUAAAGAAAUAUGAACAAUGUAACUGCAGAACUUCUAACGCAGCAGAUUUAAUUGUUUAAACUAAUUAUUUGAUUAUUUAAAUAAAUUAAUUGUUAAUACAUUAUUUUUUAAUCACUUUUACUUCAGUAGCAGAUCUGAGUACUUCUCCCCGCUGGAGUACAAGUGAGUAAAUUAUUUACUGCAUUUAUUUAUUUAAUCAACUUUUGUUUUUUUAAACAUAUUUAAGAUAAAAUAAGAUAGAACUUUAUUAAUGCUGAAGGCAAUUAUUGUGCCAGAGUUUCAUUUAAGAUUACAAAAGUAGAAUAAGAAAAAAACAAUAAAUAUAAAUAUAUAUGAACAAUAGAAUAAAAAUAAAUAAUACUGACACCAUUGCCAAAUAGAACACAAUAGCAAUAAGAGUAAGGAAAGUAAACAAAGAUGAAUACAGGAGUAAAUCAUAAAGUGUAUAAGAAGUGAUAACACCAGAGCUUAAUGAAACUAAAAUAUGAGAUGUUAUCAAUGACGUUGAAUAAGUAGAAAGUUAUAUUGUAGAUUAAUAACUAAUAUUGCACAUGAAAUUGAAAUAUUGCACCAUGUUGAAAGAUGUUGCACAUAAUGUGGUUAUUAUUGCUGAAAGUGUCCACGUGAGAUUAUCAAACAUUCUUCCACUGAAAGCCUUCAGACCUGAUAUUUUGGGUGAGUUGGAUUCUGCAUGUAAUAACGACAGACGGUGCGCGGUCCGGGUGGAUGUUAUUUAGUAUUUUAUUAAUCAUCUCACCGCUUCACACGUAUCUUCGUUCCUAUUGGUCCGUCCUGGAGCCCUCGCAGAUAGAACGCGCCUGUGAUUGGCUGUCGGCGGCUCCUCUACGUCACCGGUGCUUCGGCCCUGCAGCACAUAAAUACGGACCAGAAUAGAUUGUGUGUCGUUGAAGUGCGCAUCUCCAUCACGGACCACAGAACACACGCGUGUCCACAAAGAUGGGGAACCCCAGAGUGUUCUUUGACAUCACCAUCGAUGGAGCCAAUGCUGGCAGGCUUACAAUGGAGCUCCGGGCCGAUGUUGUCCCAAAGACUGCAGAAAACUUCCGUGCUUUGUGCACCGGAGAGAAAGGCUUCGGCUACAAGAACUCCACGUUUCACCGACUCAUCCCCAAGUUCAUGUGCCAGGGCGGGGACUUUACCAACCACAACGGAACCGGAGGCAAAUCCAUCUACGGGGAGAAGUUUGCAGACGAGAACUUCCAGUUGAAGCACACGGGCCUGGGCACGCUGUCCAUGGCCAACGCCGGGCCCAACACCAACGGGUCCCAAUUCUUCAUCUGCACGGAUAAAACGGACUGGCUGGACAAGAAGCACGUGGUGUUUGGCAACGUCGUGGAGGGCGCCGACGUCGUCAAGGCGAUGGAGAAGCAAGGCACAAAGAGCGGCACCCCGAAAGCCAAAGUCGUCAUCGCCGACUGCGGGGAACUGAAAUAGUGCGACAAAGCUCCUCCAGUCUCCAUGCACCCUUCAUUAUCCACGUCCCAGUUUGAGAUGAGUGUUUAUCUGCAGCAUCAGCAGGAACACACAGAAUGAACUCUUCAUCCUCUGGACGUUUGCUUCCUGCGUUGAUGAUCGUCGUGUGACAUUUUGUACCUUCUAGCCCGUUCUCUGGGACCACCUUUCUGAAUAAAAUGAUGCUGAUGGUGUAAAUAAAAGUACUUGAAAGCUUACUCUUUGUCCUGUUAUUGAUUAACACCUGAGUUAAUUAAUAACAUUAAUCUUGAUAUUUUUGCUUUUUAAUAAAGCAGUCACAAUAGUAUAAUUUGAUUAAUGGCAGUCAGAACUAAACAAGUAUUUUCCUUGUUGCAGUUGACACCUUUCACCACUAGAGGUCAGUACAGACAUGAACUCUGUCGUGUUUCUCAUAACUUUGUAUUUUUCAGUUCUGGUGAUUUAAUCUUUGGUGCAAAAGUUAUAUUACUGCAAAUAAAACAAUACUUGUAUUAACAAA